AUGAUGGAUGUUGGAAAGUGGCCAAUAUUUACUUUGCUUUCGCCACAAGAAAUAUCAACCAUCCGAAAAGCAUGUGUGUUUGGAACAUCUGCCAAUGAAGCGAUAUACAUCACCCACAGUGAUGAGGUAAAUAUUGGGUUGUCUAGGUUAAAUGGCUUAACUUAAAAAAAAAGUUUGUAUAUCUGGUGCAUAAGCCAAAAACAACGCAAGUGAUUUGCAAAUGUUCAUUCUUAGAACCUUACAUUUGUCCCUAUUGAAACUGACUUUGUUAGUUUUGUCCCAGUUCUCCAAAGGUUGGUAAAGAUUCAUGGCUUCCUAUAUCAAUGUUAUAAACAUGUAAGAACAAGAAAAAUAAAACAUUUCUAAGUACAAACGCUGUAUAUGUGGAGUAAUUUCAAAGAAAGAAAAUUGAACAUACAGGUGAUAGUUAAGUAAAUUAUACAGUGGCUUUCACGGGUAUAAUUCCAACCAAAAUGUGUUUUGACCUUGGAUGUUUAAAAUCAGAGUGUUCCUUCCAUAUUAUUAAAGAAAUCCAAUUUCAUAAAAUAAUCAUAGCUCCAGCAUUUUUUAUCCAUAGCAUACUGUGUUGAGUUUGCCUGAUUUUGGCCAUUUAGAGUUCAUUGCAAAACCAUGCUAUCAUUAUAAAGACACUAUAGCUGAAAUGGAUAUAGUAAGAAUCCUAUUAAAUCUUAUAAAUUGUAUAUUUACCCUGAUUCACUUUCAUCUUGAUGACUGUUGCUAUAAAUAUAAGCAUUAAAAUAUAGUGUUAUUGGUCUCUCUUUCCAGGUAUUUGUAUUUGGAUUAAACUGUAGUAAUUGUUUGGGAACUGGAGAUAACCAGAGUACCAUUGUACCAAAGAAACUUGAAACUUUAUGCGGAAAGAGGAUUCGCAGCCUCAGUUAUGGAAGUGGACCACAUGUAAUACUUAGUACAGAAGGUAGUUUUGCUCUUGAGCAAUACUAAUUGCAUGCUCCCUAAAUUUAAGCAAAGGUCGUUAGAAAUGGAUUCCAAGAAAAUGUGGUUGUGGCCUUGCGCUGUUGGCAAGUCCAUUCCAACAACAGGUUGUUCCAGCUUAACCUCCCUGUGUGGCUGCAUCUUCCCCUCAACUCCUACACACAUAUAUUGAUACUCUUUCCAAUCUAGUCUCCCAUGUCAAAGAAUGGAUAUCUUCUCUUCUCAUCUGAUUUUAAGUAAACCCAUUCAUGGAAUAGCUGUAAUUGGAUGAAUGAGUGAAAGUGUAUAUUGUUCCUUCUCUUUGGCCAUGAAAGUUGAUUACUUUGUUGGGCAAGACACUAAAUUACUUUACUAUGUUGCUUCCAAUGGGAUGUGGACAUGGUUUUAAAAAUAUUUGUCCAGCUUAAAUAUUUGUGGUAAGCUUGGGCUGCAGAAUUUUAUUAGGCACUUCCCUCUCGCCAAGGGUGCGAACUGGUGGCUCUCACAACGUUGUUGGAUUGCAACCCCCAUGGAUCUUUUCCUGCCUUCACGCAAUGUUGUUUCCAACGUCAACCCUAAGAAUGAGAGUAGUCUUUUGACAUCUUCCUUUGAUGCAUGUGUGCAGCUUGUGCUAAAGGUGAAGCCUGUGGCUGCAAUUGCCAGUGUUUUCCUUUGUGCAGCAGCAUUCACCAGACCAGGGUGGAGUAAAGUUAUGUAGAUGCUGCAGCGCUUCCUAGGAAAAAUAAAAUCUAAAGAAGGCUUAAGUGUCUCACUCCGUGUGUGUGCACACCCCAUUCCCUCAAACCUUUCAGAACAAUUGGGUUCUAAUUCAGGUACUUAUCUUAAGACUUAGGGCUAUUUUCCACACUGUACAAGCAGAAUUCUGCUUGUGAAAUAGGACAUCCACUUCUUAUGCUCUCCCCUACAUGCCCCCAAAUUCUGCUUUGGAGCAGAUUUUGAGGCCACAUGGUGGUCUGGAGGGGGCAGAAGAGGAAGUUGCAUUGUGGGCGUGGAUUUCAGUUGCAUGAGUGGAGCUGUGGCUCUGGAUGCAGUCUCUUAUAUUUUUUCUGACCCGCUUUUGUCUGGUGUUGUUUGGAAUUGGGAAUCAUCUUCUAGGGUUAGAUAAAUAAAUUAUGGACAUUUGUGCUUUUGUGCCUUUCAUAGAUGGUGAAGUUUAUGCCUGGGGACAUAAUGGAUACAGUCAACUUGGAAAUGGGACCACCAAUCAAGGUGUUACACCCAUUCAAAUCUGUACCAAUUUGCUAAUUAAGAAAGUAAUUGAAGUAGCUUGUGGCUCCCAUCAUUCUAUAGCACUAUCAUCUGAUGGAGAUGUAAGUCUUUUAUAUAUGUAUAUUAUUACUUGCUAAACUUUUGCUUUUGAGAACCCACUGUUAUGCAAAUGUGUUCCUGUAUUUAUUUAUUUAAAAGCAUUGAUAUCCCACUUAACAUUUCAAAAAUCUCUAAACUGUCUUAAAUUUUGGGAAGCCCUCAGAGAAAAGUGAAUCUGAUGUUGCUAUCAAUCAUUGUAUUGUGUUUUCCUAGUGAAAUAUUUUGGACUGAAAUCUUACCUUAACAGAUAAGAUUAAGAUGUAACAUGAUGUUUCAUGAUGUAAAGUUACAUGAUGUAACUUUGCAUCACGAUGCAUGUUUGCAGAAGGAACGGACUACCUGUGGACACAGGGCAGUGUCUGCUGUUUGGCAAGGCUUUUGAUGUGUCACCUGCAUAUCUGCAGCAGUGGAGUUAAAAUUGGAAGAGUUCUAGGGUAAAAUUUUUAAAAAAGGUAAAAGGAGAUAAUCAACUCAAAGCUGUUCAGGCAUUAUUUUUGUUCUGAAGGAAGUUUGGAGUGUGUUCCCAUUAUGUCUUUUCAUCUUCUUUCCUUGUGGCAAGGUGUAUGCCUGGGGCUAUAACAACUGUGGACAAGUUGGGUCAGGCUCCACGGCAAACCAGCCCACUCCCCGCAAGGUUUCCAACUGUCUGCAGACGAAGGUGGUGGUCGGCGUUGCAUGUGGCCAAACCUCUUCCAUAGCUGUAGUGGACAAUGGUGAGGUAAGCAUUCCAAGGUCAUUGCACACAUGGCUCUGCUUCUGCGUAAGAAAAUGCUAAAGUGCAGAACAAAGGGCUAAUAGAAGAUGCCCCAGAAACUUUUGUGAAGUUGAUGAGCUGCAGUGGCUUUAAACUAGACACCUGCUGGCUGUUCAUUGCCAUUAAGACUUGUUCUGGCACCUGUAUGUUCACUUCAUCAUCUAAAAUUCAUUUCUGAAGGUGAUGCUGGAUCACCUGAGGGAGCAAAUCUUGUGGUUAAAGGGAAAAGUAGGAUUUGUGACUCAUUUGAUAAUUAUUGAAACCACAGAUGCAGUUAGUAAACAAUUAUUCGAGGCUUAAGUCAGAGGAAGUUUAUCCUCAGGAAACAGGGAAACUUGAGCUAUAAAUAGUGUUGACAUUGCUGCUUCCUUGCUCUUAAAUGCUGGAAAGUUAAACUUUUUUACUUACGCUAUGAAUCCAGUACAUCCAGAACAGUCCUGUAACAUUUAGGGGAAGGGCAGAGUAACCAAGUAACUCUGCAGGCAGAUUAAACUAAAAGUCAUAAAACCCUUCAUUUUAUAAUUUAAGAGUCAAUAUGCAGUGUUCAUAUGCACAAAAGAAAAAUGAGUCGGCAACAGAUAGCCGAAGUGUAUGUAGAUUAGGAUUAGGUGCAUUUUCAGCCUGCCUUUCUCAGCAUCUUUCCCUGAACUAGAGCUAUUUUAAAUUCAUUUUUAUUGUUACGUUUAUAUCCCACCUUCAAGGAGUUCCGUGUUUCUCCCCCCUCGCCAUUUUACCCUCACACCAACCCUAAGAGGUAGGCUAGAGGGAGAGACUGGCCCAGGGUUACCCACUGAGCUUCGCGACUCAGUGGGGCUUUGAACCCUGGUCUACCAGAUCAUAGUCUAACGCUCUCACCAGCACACUGCACUGGCCACCUCUUUCCCUGGAGUGCAUCCAGAUUAACUGUUCUUCCUCCUUCAUGAAGGUAUAUGGCUGGGGUUACAAUGGCAAUGGUCAACUAGGUCUGGGAAACAAUGGCAACCAGCUAACCCCAUGCCGAGUGGCCGCGCUACAAGGUCUCUGUGUAAUGCAGGUGAGUACAAAAUAGUGUAAGUUGUGUUGCUUAAUUGUCCCCUGGUUUAUUGUGAGCUUCUGUUUAGUGCUUAUAACCAAAGCCUAGCCUGCAAACAGUUGGUGUUGAAGAGGCCUGGUAACUAUGAGCCUGUAGAUAGCUGCCAUCUUCACUGCAGCUGGGGCAGCCUUCAGUUGGCAGUUUUUGCCAAGGGCAGGAAAAGGGAAUAACCAAGACGCAGCUGCCUCUUCCAAACCUGAGAUUGUGUUUAGGAAGUGUCAACAUUUUACUGGUGAUCUUUUGGAGACAAGAUGACUUGGGUUAUUUCUCAGUUGUUCUGCAAGUAUUUUACCAAACCAUCAAUAAUCAGUGAAACCUUUUCAUACCUGGGCCAGGGAACCUACAAUUCUCGUGAUGUUUGUUGGGCUCUCUCCACCCCCAGCCUCAGUCAGUAGUCAGAAAUAACAGGAGUUGCAGUCCAACAGUAUCUGGAGAACCGUAGGACACCCCCCUCCGCAUUUCAUAACCUGUGUGUAGACUCCCUUGGUGUUUAAAACUAACCCAAGUUGUGCAACUGAUACUUAAGUGUCCAGCAGUGAUUUCUCAUUCUUCGUGGCCAUCUUAGAGUGAUGCUAGCAUUGAUUUCCAUUUUCUUUCUUGCAGGUUGCCUGUGGCUAUGCACACACAAUGGUGUUAACGGAUGAGGGCUUGCUCUACGCCUGGGGAGCAAACACUUAUGGGCAGCUGGGAACUGGCAGUAAAAGCAACCAGCUAAGCCCAGUGCAGAUCAUGAUGGAAAAGGAGAGGUAAAUGUUGCUGCAACUAAUCCUUGGAACUGGGAGGCAGGGAUGUUUGAGGUGUCUGUUCAUGGCACCCUGAAAAAGAGGUGACUGAAUGCCUUUGUCUGUCCGUCUUUGGUGUAAAGGGCAACUUGCAGGUUUUGUGGGCAGGGCUUCAUCUGUCUUCCUUUCUUCUCUGAUCCCUUCUCAGUUUCCACCCUCCCUUCAGACCAUGAAGUCUGUGACCCAAAAUUUGUUAUUUUAAGGCGUCUAAGUUACGGCAAGUCCUGCCAGUACUUUCCACUCUGCAAAAAAUGUGUGUCUUGUCUUGUCUCAAACGGAGCUUUAGAAUACACUUCACUUUUAGAUAAAGUUAGGCAACUAAAAUGAAUGAGAACCACCUUAAGUUCAGGAUAAUCUGUUUUUGUUUUCUACUCUAGUGAUGUAGGGAGGAAAAGACUGGUAUCACUUGCUAUACCUGCCUAGGGACUGGAUUCUUUCGACUGGGGUGCUUGAUCCAAUAGCCCUCAGCUGGUGUGAUUCUGUGAUGCACCAUGAUAAGCUUCUUUCAAGUUUCCAUCCAGAAUUUCGUGCUACUCUCCUGCUUCAAGUGCCCCUAGUAAACUGUAUGCCGUUUCAUAGUCAAGGGACACAAAAGUUUAAUUGUGUCAUGUUUUGGAAGGGGAAAAAAAGAUUUUAUUAAUUUUCCAAAAAGUUUUUUAAACAAACAAACAAACAAAAAUCUCGGGCGUAUUUAAACCAAUCUUAGUAACAUUGUUAAGUGACUUCCUCGUAUCCCCCUGGUUGAAUUUCAGUGUAUAUCAUUUUAACAGUUUUCCAAAACCAAUAUUCUUAUAGGAUUAACUUAAUCACUUAACAUCUUUCUUUCUUUCAAAUUUGGCAUUAAACAUAUUAAUUCAUCACAUUACAUAUUUAAAUCCUAAGCCUAUCUGAUAUUUGCAAGCUUUUCCAAUUAAGUUAACUUAACAUAUUUAACUAAAUAGUCUUUAAAUUUCGUCAUCCAUUCCUCCUGGUGGUCCUCCUCCUUCUGGUCAUGGACUCUUCCAGUCAGGUCGGCUAGCUCCGAAAAAUCCAUCAUCUUCAUCUGCCAAUCUUCCACUGUUGGUACUUCUUGUGUUUUAUAGUUCUUCGCUAACAAAAUUCUUGCUGCAGUUGUGGCAUACAAAAAUAAUUUAACAUCUUUUUGGGGCAAUUCCAAACCUGUUAUUCCAAGAAGAAAGGCCUCUGGUUUCUUAAUAAAUGUAUAUUUCAACAUUUUUUUCAAUUCGUUAUAAAUCUUCUCCCAGAAGCCUUUCACCUUGGGGCAGGUCCACCACUUAUGAUAGAAGGUACCCUCUUUUUCUUUACAUUUACAACAUAGUUUAUCACUGUUGUGGUAUAUCUUUGCUAAUUUUACAGGAGUCAAAUACCAUCUAUACAUCAUUUUCAUUAUAUUUUCCUUUAACACUGUACAUGCAGUGAAUUUGACCCCUUUCUUCCACAAUCUUUCCCAGUCUUCAAACACAUCUCCCACAUCUCUUGUCCAGUCUAUCAUCACUGACUUAACUUGUUCAUCCUUUGUAUGCCAUUCCAACAAUAAGUUAUACAUUUUAGACAAAUUUUUAACUUUAGAGUCCAACAACUCCGUUUCCUACUUAGAUUUUUCUGAAGCAAAACCAUUUUUCUUAUCUAAUUUGUACAAUUCAUUAAUCUGGUGAUAAUGUAACCAAUUUAACUUAUCUUUAAUCAAAUGGUUUUAAUUUAUAACCUUCUUUGUCCUCUAAUAACAAGUCUGAAUAUCUCAACCACUUGAUAUCCAUAUUUAACUUUUUCUGGGCCUUCACCUCCAUUGGCGAAAGCCAUCUGGGUGUCUUCCUUUCUAAGAGAUCUUUAUAUUUUAUCCAUACAUUGUACGGAGAUUUCCUAAUUACAUGGUUUUUAAAAGCAUUAUGGGCCUUUACUUUAUCAUACCAUAAAUAUGCAUGCCAUCCAAACACAUUGUCAAAUCCCUCCAAAUCUAAAACAUCGGUAUCUUCUAAUUGUAUCUAUUCCUUAAUCCAGCAAAGUGCAGCUGCUUCAAAAUAGAUUUUCAAAUCUGGCAGGGAAAAUCCCCCUCUUUCUUUAGAAUCUGUUAGUAAUUUAUAUUUAAUUCUGGGUUUUUUCCCCUGCCAGAUGAAUCUAGAUAAAGCUUUCUGCCAUUCUUUAAAACAUUUCACAUUAUCUAUAAUUGUGAGGGCUUGAAACAGAAAUAACGUCUUUGGCAAUACAUUCAUCUUAACCACUGAAAUCCGGCCCAUUAGUGACAAUUUUAAAUUUGACCAUAUCUCUAGAUCUCUCUUAAUUUCAUUCCAUAGUUUCUCAUAGUUAUCUUUGUAUAAAUUCAGAUUUUUCUUGGGCAAAUUCACUCCCAGAUACUUAAUUUUUUUCACAAAAUCUAGGCCCGUCUUUUCUUGUAAUAACUUUCUUUCAUCAUUAUCCAGAUUUUUCUCUAAUACUUUGGUUUUGCUCUUAUUUAACUUAAAUCCUGCUACCUGUCCGAAUUCCUGUAUCAGCUCCAGUGCUUUUACUGCACUGGUAUCUGUAUCCUAUAAUGUCAGUACUAAAUCAUCAGCAAAGGCUUUUAAUUUAUAUUGUUUUGAUCCUACUGUAAUACCUUUAAUUUGAUCAUCUUUUCUUAUCAUACUUAGAAAUGAACAACAGAGGGGAAAGUGGGCACUCUUGCCUGGUUCCCUUCUCGAUUCUAAUUUCCUCCAAUACCACAUUAUUUACAAUAAUUUUAGCUUUUUGUUCAUGAUAGAUCGCAUUAAUACCAUUUAAAAAAUCUUGACCAACCCCCAUACUUUCUAAAUUGUGAACAUAAAACUCCAAGAUACAUUGUCAAAGGCUUUCUCAGCAUCAGUAAACAUUAACAUUGUUUUACAGUUCUUUCUUGCUUCCAGCUUUUCCAAAAUAUCUACAACAUUCCUGAUAUUAUCUUUCAUGUGUCUUCCAGGCAAGAAACCUGCCUGAUCUUUAUGUUUAUGUUCAGACAGAACCUUCUUUAGCCUGUUAGCCAGUAUAUUCGCAAAACAAUUAUAAUCCACAUUAAGUAGGGAGAUUGGUCUGUAAUUCUUCUUGACAUUGGCUCUAUCUUGAUCUUGUUUAGGAAUCAGAGUAAUAUAAGCUUCCUUCCAGGUUUCAGAUGCUUUGCCCCCUCCUAGAAUCAAACUGCAUACUUCUACCAAAGGUUGGAUAAGCCAAUCUUUCUUUCUUUUUUAAUACAAUUUUUAUUGAAUGAUUUUAUGUUACAAAAAACAAUACAGCCAUACCACCACUAAAUAUAAUUAAGAAAUAAAAAUUACAUACAUUGAUAUUUAGUUUGUUAUUUGUUAUUUACCGUCUUAUUUCCUCCCAAACAUUGCAUACAACAACACACAUAUGUGCAGACACCCACACACCCACACCCGCACACAAAAUGAUAAUGAAAGUAAAUAUUUUUUCCCCUUUUAUCUUCCAAAAUAUUUUCUUCAACUUUGACUUCCUGUCAAGUCCCUUUGCAUAUAUUUUAUCUUACAUUUGAAUGUACACAAAACAAUAAACCUUUCUAUAUAAUUUUUCUAAUACAUUCUGAAAACAUAAUAAAUCCUUAAUUGUUGUCCACCUCCUUUUAGUUCCUUUAUCACUCGAAUGCUAGCACGGAGUCAAAACUAUUCUUGUAUUUUUGAACAUAUCUUCUAUAACCAUCCCAUUUUUCCGCAAAUUUUUGCUUAGAGUUUCCUCUGAGUUUACUAGUCAGUUGAGCUGUCUCCACCAAUUCCUGUAAUUUGAUUUGCCAAUCUGUUAUUUUUGGAGCCUCGGGAUCUUUCCAUCCCUUGGCCACAAGUAUACGAGCCACUGCGGUUGCAUACAAGAAUACCUCUCUUAGAUUUUUUGGGAUCUCUUUAUCUAAAAUACUUAAUAGAAAUGCCUCCGGUUUUUUAGUAAAAGUUAUCCCCAUCAUCUUUUUUAAUUCAUCGUAUAUUUCCCCCCCAAAAAUCUUAAUCUUUUCACACGUCCACCACAUGUGGAUCAUGUCACCGUUAUUUCCUCCACAUCUCCAACAAGCAUUCGCCAAAUUUUUAUACAUUCUUGAUAAUCUGGAAAGAGUGAGGUACCACCUAUGAGCCAUUUUCAUCAUGUUCUCUCUUAUAUUAUGUUGUUGUUUAGUCGUUUAGUCGUGUCCGACUCUUCGUGAUAGCUGGCUGUAAAUUUCAAAUUUACCUUCCAUAAGUUUUCCCAAUCUUUUAGCAUAAUUGGACGGCCCACUUCUUGGGCCCACUUUAUCAUUGAAGCCUUAAGCUCCUCAUCCAUUACUUCGUAGUCUAAAAGAAGUCUAUGCAUUUCUGCGAUUAUUUUAGUUUUACUAUUCAGUAAUUCUCUUUCAAAUCUUGAAGGCUCCUUUUCAAAACCUAUCUGCUUAUCCUGUCUGAACAUUUCAUUCACCUGGGAGUAAUCUAGCCAACUAGAAAAGUGAUAUUUUAUUUUCUCAUAACUUAUCAAUAUUAGUUGCCCCUCCUCCUCCCUUAAUAUUGUGUUAUACGUUAUCCAGUUCUCUUUGAUGUUGUUGUUUUUUUUAACAGCAGUUGCUUCUAAUGGAGAGUUCCAUCUUGGGGUUUUCUGUUCCAAAUAUCUUUUGUAUUUUUCCCACACCUUAUAUAUAGCAUUUCUUAUUAUAUGAUUUGAAAAACUCCAGUGCGCCUUUAUUUUCCCAUAAUUAAGAUAGCCAUGCCAUCCAAAGCGGGUGUCAUGACCUUCUGUAGCACCCUGCUUGUGGUUAACGCUUAGCUGGAAUGAAAUAUUCAACGCAGCAAUAGAGAAAUUAAAAUAAUAAUUUAUUUGUCAGACAAAUAAAUGAGAGACACAGUGGUAUAUGGUUACCAAAGCUCUGCCCACUCCAGCCCUGAUGGCCAGCACUUAUAUUUCCUCAGCCCAGCCCCCUUGCUCCUCCUUUGGCUGCCUCUGUCCAAUCAGCUUGGUUGAAAUUCCUAUUGGCUGUUUGCUAGAACCAAUAAUAAAAGAUACACCCAUUUCCUAUUACCUUUUAUGAGAGACAAAGAGCUAUAUUUCCUUCUAUCCAUAAAUGGCAGACAAGUAGCCAUAUAUCUUACAUUUGCCUCGACCAGGCACCUUAAUUACCAGAUCAUCUUUGCCCUAUUGCCCUAUUGCCCUUUCACUCCAAAACAGAUGGCUAAAACAGAUGGCUCAUGGUUUUAAUUUUUAUCUUAGAGAUCUUGGGUUCACCUUCUCACACACCAUCAAUGAAAUAAGAAUCUAACAUAAGAAUCUAACAUUUCUUACUUUCUAAAUCCUUUGCAUAAUUACAUUUAAGCCAAUAUAUUUCAUACAUAACAUAUAUAGAUUUUUAGAAGAAAAGGCCUUUUCAAAGUAAAAGGGAAAUUAGUAAAAACAGUUUCCAAAAGCAACCCCUUAAAUUUACACCCCCCUUUCAAGCCAGCUGCUGUUUCUAUUAGCUCUUGCCCUUUAAACUUAGGAAGAUGUGGCUCGAGUCUGAUGGGAGGCACAUGGUAUUUUCUGUUAAACAAUAAAUUUCACUAUUUACCAACUCUUAAUUAGUGUUUUUGCAGCUUGAUUGUUUUCUGUAAUUUGUAUGGUCAAUAUGACCUUUUGCUCCCAGCCUGUAAUUUCCUUUUACAACUUUAAGAAACGUGUCUCCUGUUAUAAAUCGGGGGGGGGGGGCUUGAUCAAGAAGAUAAACAACUGCCAGAGUACUCAGCCAGCUGCUUUAUGUCUGGCAAGACAAGCCUUGAUCAGAUGCCUCAUUCCCCCCUUUCAAGCUCAAGGACCUUCCCAAGUGUCCUUGAUAGCUUGACCUUCAUCAUAUUCCUGAGGUAAAGCUCUGUAUAGGGCCAUGAUAUGAGGUAAAGUUUCAUUUGAAAUCAUCUUGCUAAUUGUACUUCUAAAACAUGAAAUGAUACAUGGCACCAUACAUAAAACCAUUACUACUACCGUCAAGAAAAACAAGCAAGACAAUAGUAUCCCUUUGAGUCCUGCAACUUUAGGUAACCAAUUGGUGAGCCAUCCCAUAUCCCAUCCUUCCCAUAUUUGUACUGGGACAUGUGCUAUACUCUCCAUCUUUGUGGCCAACACACGGAUUGCCUCACCAUUAUCAGAAAUGUUAAAGCAACAGGCAUUCCCUGUCAAGUUCAAGACUCCACAUAGGCCUCCCUGCCUGGCAAGUACAUAAUCCAUUCCCAUUUUCAGCUGCAAAAUGGCGGCUCUACUUUCAUCCAACUGUUGUGCAAUAAGUCUCAAACUCUGGGCUGUUGCAUUGGUUACAAGUUCCACUACUGCUUGCAAUCGAAUUAUUCUGUUUAGAUUAUAAAUAGGAUCCCGUGCCCCUUGUAUGAGCUCAUCAGGAUUCCAGGAGGCAGGAUCAUAAUAGGCUAUAAUGCGCUCUGGUGGCCAAUCAUCAGUAUCACUCCAACUUUGGGUACUUCCUCCUAUAUGAGAAAUAUCAGCGUUUCUUCGUGUACGCUUGGCUGAACUAGUGGGCAUAAUCCACAUUGGUGGUAAUACCCAUCCCAGGAAACAAGUCCCACUCCAUUUGGAAGGGAGUUGCUUGUAUGCCCAUUCUCCACAUAUCCACCACAACCAUCGGGUCUGAGGUUUUUGGUACGUGGAGUGCAUAAGGUGAAAUAUCAAAAGGGGUAUAGAGUUCACAGUGCAGUAUGUUAGAUUGCCUUUUGCUGUCACAGUUAUGUUCCACACCAUUUUCCAUGCAUGAAUAAAAGGAGGUGCACAGGGCAAGGUAUUCCGAGUUCGAUAGGUAGUACCGUUUGCCCAGGUUUGACUAUUCUUAAUAUAAUCCCAAGUAUAGUGGCAAUGAGAAGAGCCUACCAUGGUAGAAUCAGCUGCAUCUGAUGAUUUAUGUACACAGAAUUCCCCUUGUACAGGUAUAACUCGUAUUGGUUUAGUUGAGUUCCAUCCGGGGAAAUUCUGUACUUCUGUUUGGUGUGGCAUUUCGCUUACCAUACCAAUGGCACUUAAUGGUAUCGGUAAUAAGGGCAUACCUCCCUCUGAAUCAUCUGGUCCAAGAGCAAACAAGGCAAUUGGUCCUAUUUGUAACAUUGGCUACCAUCUCAGCUAAGCCUACCCACAUAUUGUGGUCAUGGCGGAAUAUUUAGCAAAUUUGGUCAGAUUCAAGGACCCUUCCCCUUCCCAAGGGAUCAGGAUUAAUAAUAAAAUCAUGUUGAUGUCUAGUAUAUGCAUUCCUUCCACAAAAGAUUACCUUAUUGUGAUAGCAAAAAAAUAUUAGCCCCAAUAUAAUUCCCCCAGUGACAGAAAUGGGGAACCACCAAGACCAAAACAUAUAUCCCGAGGAUCCCCAAUGAGUAAUAUCCCUGAUAAUUGUUCCACAAGGGGGGGAGGGCAGUCAGUCAAUUGUAUAAGUGAAUCUUCCCGUUCACAAUCACUGGUUCAGAUGCUCCUCAAGCUUCAGGCGUGCGCAGGUCAGCCAGCUUCCAGGUUGUGGCUGCAGCAGGCCGGUCGUCUAAUGUUGCCCGUGACCUAGCCCGUUCCCCGUAGGGCUAGAUACAGGGUUUUUUUUGGAGAGAGUCAGUUUAAAAGGAUUAGAGGGGUCACCUUUACACGUCCAACUGCCUUCGGACUUCUUCAAACGGGAGUGAUGAAUCCAGGGGGUCACCUCAGCUACCUUCACCGCUGUUGGAGUAGAGAGCAAGACGGUGUAAGGCCCACGCCACUUAGGUGCAAGUGGAUCUCGUUUCCACUCUUUCACCCAUACGCUAUCGCCAGCCUGGAACUGAUGAAUCGGCUCGGCAAUGCUGCACGGCGUGCGCUCGAGGGCCCACCUGUUAAGAGAAACAAAAACACGGGAGAGAGAUUGCACUUGUCCCUGUGUCACAUGGUCUCCUAUUUGUUUGAGGUCAGCUGGAAUAUCCUGAACAAAGGAGGGUGGCCUCCCAUACAGGAGCUCAAAAGGUGACAACUUAAGCCUUUUUGUGGGUGCACACCGAACACGAAACAGUGUUAUGGGUAACACAUCUACCCAUCUCAAUCCUGUUUCCUGGGUUAAUUUUGCCAAUUGGGUUUUCAGAGUCCGAUUCAUUCUUUCAGUUUUUCCCGAACUUUGAGGCCUAUAUGCUGCAUGCAGUCUCCAUUUCACUUGUAGGACUCGGCAUACUUCUUGUACUACUUGAUCAAUGAACGCUGGCCCAUUAUCACUUCCAAUGCAUCUAGGUAAUCCAAACCUCGGGAUCAAUUCAGUGAGGAGUCUCUUAGUUACCUCUCGUGCCUUUUCAGUUCUGGUGGGAAAAGCUUCAACCCAUCCGGUAAGAGUAUCUACAAACACAAGGAGAUACUUGAAUCCCUUAGAAGGGACCAGCUCUGUGAAGUCCACAAUUAGGCUUUCCAUGGGGACGUAUCCCACAUGUUGGAUUCCAGGAGGAUUCCUGCCUGGGAUUGUUUUUAGCACAAAGAACACAUUUCCGUGAAAUGCAAGUUGCUAAUCGUGAUAGGUUAAUAAUAUACAACUUCCGACUGAGACUCUCUCUGGUUGCAGUACCGCCAAGGUGAGUAGAUUCAUGAUAAUUUCUUACAAUUGUGCCUGCUAGGUGAUGAGGUACAUAAAUCCUAUUGUCCGGCAGGAUCAUCCAACUGUCCUUCACAACCACUCCUUCCUGUUCAGCCCACUUCCUCUCUUCUGGGGUAUAGUGAGGUUUAACUUCUUCUGGAACUACCUCUGGUAUGAGGGCUGCUAUAAAUCCUCCCACAGGCUUUUGGGCUGCCUCUCGGGCUGCUUUGUCAGCAGCAUGAUUUCCUCUGGUUAUUGGAUCCCUUCCACGUCCAUGACCUUUGCAGUGCAUUACAGCAAUCUGUUCUGGAGCCCAUACUGCUUCCAACAGGAUUUCUACUUCAGGUCCAUAUUUCAAGGCCUUCCCGUGGGCUCCGAUUAGACCUCUUUCUUUCCAUAGAGCUCCAUGUGCAUGCAGGGUUAAGAAGGCAUAUUUAGAAUCAGUAUAGAUGUUUGCCUUACAUCCGGCUGCCAAUUGCAGAGCUCUAGUUAAACCUAUAAGUUCAGCUUUUUGUGCUGAGGUGCCAGCAGGCAAAGCUUCAGCUUCCACAACUUCCUCAUUGGUGACCACAGCAUAUCCUGCUCGUCUGGCACCUUCAUGCAGGUAACUGCUACCAUCAGUAUAAUAUACAACAUCUGGAUUUUUCAAUGGUUCAUCUUUCAGAUCGGGUCUACUGGAAUAAACUUCAUCCAUUAUUUGGAGACAAACAUGUGAUUCUUCAUCAUCUACCUCUGGUAGGGGCAGCAAAGUUGCUGGAUUGAGCAUAUUCACUACUCGUAGAUGAAUCCUGGGAUUUUCACACAAUAGGCCUUGGUAUCUAGCCAUCCUUGGGUUCGUUAGCCAAUAACUACCCUUAUAUUCCAUGCGUGUCAGAACAGCAUGACGUACAUUCACAUACAUCGUCUGGCCAAAGGUAAAUUUAUCAGCUUCUUUGACAAGGCUUGCAGUGGCCGCUACUGCCCUUAGGCAUGGAGGCCAUCCUUUUGCUACUGAGUCCAAUUGUUUAGAAAAAUAAGCUACUGGACGGUUCCAACUUCCUAAUCUCUGGGUCAGGACUGCCGCUGCAAUCCCAUUCUGUUCAUGUACAUACAGCUGAAAGGGCUUUUCCGAAUUAGGCAGCCCAAGGGCUGGGGCCUCCAUAAGUCGUUGUUUGAUAACUAAAAAGGCUUGUUGCUGCUCAGGUCCCCAUACAAAUGGGUCCUUUUCUGCACCUUGAGUGCUUUCAUGUAAGGGCUUGGCCAGACUGCUGAAAUCAGGUAUCCAUAGUCUACAAAACCCUGCUGUUCCUAGGAAUCUUCUGAGUUGUUUCCUUGUGGUAGGUUCCUUGAUAAGGCAAAUAGCUUCUUUCCUCUCUGGUCUCAAUGCUCGUUGUUGGUGUGAGAUGUCAAAGCCCAAAUAUUUGACCUUUUCUAAACAUAACUGUGCCUUUUUCUGGGAAACUCGGUAGCCAGCUUCCCAGAGCAAGUGGAGCAGUUCCUCUGUCCCUUCUUUACAGGUAUCAAAAUCCUUUGCCGCUAGUAUAAGGUCACCUACAUAUUGCAGAACCACCUUUUCUCCAGGUAUUGAGGGGAGAAAAUAAAAAAUAAAAAGAGUAGCUUCGGUAAGACUAUACUCUUUUUAUUUGAUAAGCCAAUGUCUUAUAGUAUUUUGCUGAUAGACCAUCUGGUCCCGGGGUCUUGCCAAGUUGCAUUGAGUUUAUUGCAUAUUCCACUUCCUGUCUUGAAAUCAGUCCCUUUAGUAGGAUCUUUUUAUCCUCAGGAAUCUUCUGCAAACCAUUGGCUUUAAUAAAUUGCUCAGUCUUGGCCUGGUCCUCUUUCUCCUUUUUAUACAGUUGUUUGUAGUACUUGUGAAAACAUUUUCUUAUGUCCACAGGGUUCUCCACAGACUUUCCUUCUGUUACAAUAUUUGUGAUAGUACUUUGCUUUUGCCUCUUUUUUAAUUGCCAAGCUAAAAGUUUCCCACAUUUAUUUGCAGAUUCAAAAUUCCUUUGUUUCAUCCUCCUUAGUUUCCAUUCUAUUUCUUGAUUUAUAAUCUGUGAAUAUUGAAUCUGUAGGGCUUUAAUUUUCUUUUGUAUCUGCAAGUUCUUUGGGUUCCCUCUAAGACCCUUCUCUUUAUCUUUUAGUUGUUCCAAAAUUUUAUUUUUUUUCUCAUUCUGUAUCUUUAUCCUAAUUGAAUUUUGUUCAAUUAGAAAUCCUCUCAUUACUGCUUUGCUGGCAUCCCAAAUAACCCUUGUUUCCGUUCCCUGAUUCAUAUUAAUUUCGAAAUAAUCCUUUAGGGCUUUUUGGGCUUUAUUUACAAUUUGGGUACUUCUCAACAAAUCACCAUUCAUUCUCCAUCUGAAGGAACCUUGUAAGGACAUUUUCAGUUCCACAAAAACUGCAUUGUGGUCUGAGCAGGUUUUAGGGCAAAUUUCCAUUUUUGAUACUUCAGGAACCAAGUCUCUGGAUAUUCAUAGGUAGUCAAUUCUCAAAAAUGAUUGGUUUGCAUCUGGAAAAAAAACUGAAGUUUUUUUCACUUGGAUUUCUGACUCUCCAUAUGUCUGACAGAUCAAAUUUGUCAGUUAUGUCAAAGAAAGCCUUAGGUAGUCUGCCAGCAUUCAAUUUUUUUUGCCUCUGAGUCCUAUCCAUCAAAGUAGAUGCAACUCCAUUCAGGUCUCCCAUUAGAAUUAAUUUGUAAUCCAAAUAGUCCAAAAGACUUGUUUCCAAGUUCUUGAAGAAUUCCGCUUUGCCAUCAUUAGGUGCAUAGAUUCCCAAUAACAAAUAUUUUUUCGCCUUGUGCUGUAAUUUCCACUGCUAUGUGUCUUCCUUCCUCGUCUUUAAAGAUCAGUUUUGGGUUCCAUUUUUCUUUGAUAUAAAAAACCACUCCUCUUUUUUUCACUUUGUCCGAAGAAAUAAAUUCUUGUCCAAGUUUUUUUUUCUAUGAUAAAUUUUUUCUAUGUAGUCUUGUAAUAUGUGUUUCCUGUAGACAAAUUACACCCAAAUUCUGUUUUUCCAACACAUGAUAUACCUGUCUCCUUUUCUGAGGAGAAUUUAGUCCAUUGACAUUCCAAGAAUAAACUCUCAGCGCCAUGAUGUUAAAUUAAGGGGUUGCCGCUCCUGCCCCUGGCAGCUGCGGGCUUUGCCGUCCAAGUUCCACCGCAUGCUUUUGCAGAAAUCUGUCCCUCUCUCCCCACAGUCUUAAUUCUUUGCUUCCUUCCUUCGAUUUUAAACGAUAGGCCCUCUAGGAAUUCCCAGCUGAAAAAAAAUUUUUUACUCCUCAAAAUGUUUGCCAAUUCUGUAAAAUUGGAUCUCAAAUUCAGGAAGUGUCUAGGAAUCUCCUUGAAGAGGACGAUGGAUUUGUCCUGUAUUUUUAAGCCUUUUUUAUAAUGCAAUCCCAAAAUGGUAUCUCUCUGUUCCUUGGUCUUGAAGACCACUAUACAGUCAUAGGUUAUUUUUCUAUCCUUUUUGGGCCCAAAUCUGUAAGCUUUUUCUAUCCACAACUCAACGUCUUUCUUUUUCAAAUCCCACCACGCCACAAAAUAGUCCAUCAGAAACUCCUUGAGUUUCUCCUCAUCCAGUUGAGGCACCCCUCUCAAUCUCAAAUGAGAUUCCCUUUCCUUCAUUUGAAGAAAGGCAAUUGAAUUGGCGUUUUCAUAUUGUAGUCUUUCCAAGUCCGGCACUCUGUCUCUAGCUGUGCCAACCUUGUAUCAUGUGUAGUUAUCUCAGUCUUAACCUCUUUCGGUUCAGAACUUAAAGCUUCAAUCUUUUUAUCCAGUCUUUCUAUACCCUCUGUGUUGUGAUUUGUAUUGUCUCUAAUUUCAUUCAGGGGUACCAUUACAGAUUCCUCAAAGGGUGGAUUUUUAGAGCCAUGUCUUGUGGUUACCUUCUCUUGUUUAUCAGCAAACAUAAUGGCUCAGGAAUUUCAAGGUCAGUCCCACAGCUUAGUGGAAUGAGAGAGGAAAACAGGAUCCCACCACCAGUCCCACAGGUGUCAGCCCAGGCAUCCAGCAGCCCCCCUGUUCCAUGUUAUUAAAGCAGGCUGCGAGUAAAAAGAAGUUUUUAGAUCACAUAUAAAGUUAACAGACAGUCCUGGAAGUAGAAGACACUUUUAGCUACUUUAAAAUGUGUCCAGACAGCCACAGGAUACAAAAUAACAGAGUCAGUGGAAACAAAGAUUGAAUGUUUCCUCUUCCAUUGUGACGUCACAAUGGAGUCUAGCCUUUCCCCCCCGGGAGGUCCGCAACAGAAUGGAGGAGCCUCUUUACUUAAAAACACAGUCCCGCAGGGUUUUUAGCAAUUGAAAUAUUUUCCCCCCUCUUCCCCCUGCAGAAGGGGGGCAUAGGUUUAACUUACAAACUUUCAAAAGUCUUUUUCCACCUAAGGCUUUGGUCCUUGCUUACCGACUCCGCUUUCUUUCAGCAAAAGGGAUCAACCUCCGUUUUUAAAUCCCUUCCCCCUCCUUUAAUCUUGGUCAAAUUAAGACUUUGUUCUUUACUUACAGUUCCAAAUUGUGAGUCUUUUUAUUGAAGGAAUUGGCCGCUCAUGGUCGCCAGACUCAGAGCUUCGCGCAGUGAAGGAAGCAGUCAUUUCCGCUGUGCGGUCUCCAACCCCACUCACUCUCGGGGCUCUUGCGAGCUUACCGGGGAGCGGGGGAGUCGCAAAAGGGCACCCACCGGAACACCAGGUCCUCAGAACACCCGAUCUGAGGUUUUUCCGGGGGACCGCAACACUCUUGCGGUUUCCCCCUGCUUCACAGCGCUGGGGCUCUUUCAUCUGAAAGAGCUCCCGUCUGCCAUUACUGGGUGACCAACCAGAAGUCUAAGUGUGUCUUGUUUUGAAUGUGUUCCAUAUUUUCACAUUUAAAUGCUUGCCCAAAAACCUGAUCCUACACUGUGGUAACCAGAUAUGGGCCCUGAGGCAUCAGGCACAACCUCACAAUCUUCCUUCAUCUCAUUGAACGUCCUCAACAUGGCCUUUGAGGUAGUGGUAAGGGGGCUGACCAAUGGCAGAGCUGGCAGAGAACAUGUGGGGACCCCAAGGUGAGCAAAACAGAUCUGUACCAUCUGAAUGUUCUCUCUGCUCUCCUGGCAUCCAUGUGGAGCUAAGGGGUCACUUUUUCAUAUCUAAUGGCAGUGGCCCAAAGUCAGCUCAUUUUUGGUUAGGAUUUUGCCAUUUAUCAAAUCUAUUACAGGCCAUGCCUUCCUUUUUAGGUCCUCUAGUGGUAUUGUCUGGUGGCAUGCAUUGGCUACAUGUAGCUGUUGUACUUUUUUAUCACUGUAGAAUGCAAGAGCAUUAGAUGUCCAUUUAUAGCAGCAUAGGGGGAGGGAUUCUAGUAUUUGAGAGAAUGUAUGGUCAACAUGAUUCUGUCUUCAAUGACUUACUAUUUGGAAAUGUGGUCUUUUUGUACCUUCACUUAAAACAAAACAGCAAGAGGCAAUCUGAGGCAGCUGGCCUUCAUUGCCCAUUGCCAGUUAUACAUGGCAAUUGUUCAGUGAUGCACAUCACCUCUUAGACUGGGAAUGAUGUAAUAAAUGUGUUAAUUAAUUUUAUUAAAGGGUAAAUAUUCCUUCUUGUGCAAUUGAGCAUAAAUACUGUGAUAAAUGACCUGAGGUGCAUGUACUUUUAGAAGAAGAGGGUGUGCAUCCUAAAGAGAGAGACAUUCAUGAAUCUCCCUUUUUCAGCACUAAAGCUACUAGUUAUGGAGUCUUGUGAUAAUUGAAUUUGUUUAUGUCUUGCAUAGUCUGUUAUGACACUUCCUGUAAUCUCCAUGUAUACCUUCAUGACAUAUUAUGCAAUUCUUUGUGUAUUGUAAAUGUCUGGUGUCAGCAGCUGACUAACCUGUAGCUUUCUUUCUUUCUUUCUUUCUUUCUUUCUUUCUUUCUUUCUUUCUUUCUUUCAGAGUAGUAGAGAUUGCAGCUUGCCAUUCUGCUCACACUUCUGCUGCCAAGACACAGAGUGGCCUGGUAUACAUGUGGGGUCAGUGUCGGGGGCAAUCGGUGGUUCUUCCCCAUGUUACCCACUUUUCCUGCACUGAUGAUGUGUUUGCUUGCUUUUCCACUCCUGCUGUGAUGUGGCGUCUACUCUCAGUAGGUGAGAACAUGCUCAACUUUUUAUUAUUAAACACUGAAAACAAGCUUCUAGUUUCGCUGGCUUGGGGUGGGAGGAAGCACUGGGCAAAGUCUGCCAAAGGAUGCAAAUACCAAAAAGGAUUUGAGUCAGGCUUCUAAUGGUCAGAAGGCACAUCUUUGCUUGUUUUCAUUGCUUGUCCUCCUCUAUAGUAUUACUAUAGAGUGAACUUCAUGGCAGGACCAGGGGUGGGCAGGCAGGGAUUUGAACUUUGGUUGUUGUCCAGCACACUAACCUCCAGGCUGCAGUGGCUCUAACACGGCUGCUGUUUAUUUUUACAGAGCUUGGAGAUGAGGUUUUCCAAACUCUGUCCAGGCUUGAUAGUCAAACAGUCGCUUCUGGUACCCUGUGAAAAAUAGUAAAAAUGCCUCACUGCAUUCAGAACAAGUAUAGCUGGCUGCUCCCUGCACAAAUAAUGGUGAGGAGGUUAUAGGACCAAAGGCAUUAUUCUCGUAUCUCUCUCUCUCAAGUCUCAAUCCCUUCAUGUCCUUUUAAAGAAUUUCAGCACUCUUCUCUCCACCCUGGGAGUGUACCAUACAUAAAGAACAGAGUCUCCUUCACCUCCAAAAUCUAGUUCUGUUUCCCAAACUCUCAACCACUGGCACUUCACAAAAUGCUUUCCUCUCUUCCUAUAGGCAGGCCCUUGGUUCUUUGCACCUGCCCUGGCACAACAUCAUCUGUACAAGAGCAGAGUCCAACACCUGAGCUAACAAGGCUAGGGAAUACCAUCUCCACAAAAAGUCCCCUCAGUGACUUUCUGUCAACUGCGCCACCACAGUUUCCCCCAGAUGAAUUUCUCUCAGUCUCUUGGUUAACAUCUCUCUGUGUUGUCCACCCAAGACUUCCAAUAGCAAGAUUUAGCAGAGUCUCCAGCUUUAGGUCCCUUAAGGGUGAGCUGUCCAUGGAAGGCAAUCAUGUAGUGUAGCUGUGAUUGGACGGCAGUGGUCCUUAAUUGAGCAAAAGGAAGGAGCAAAGAUGAAAGUUCACGCUAUUUAGCAUGGAAAAUGUAAUUGUGGGUUUUUAAAAAAUUCUUAAAAGUGCAUCAUGUCCAUAUGCAAAGUAUACAAAGCCACACAGUUUCAGCCGAAAGAAGACCUCAGAGGGACUGACCUCUUGCUGCAAUGUGAGAGCUUUUGGCUAGAUGUUCAAAACAGCCUCAGCCCCAUCUCUGAUUUGCAAUAUUAAUACUACGGAACAGUGGUAAGCACACCUGCCACCUGCAGUAUUGGCAUUUGCAGUGCAUUUUUUAAAAAAUGCUUAAAACUUAAACUUAGAUCAUCCUUUAUGUGGGAAAAUACAACUUAAAGUAUUAACUAUUCUCUUUUUUGUUCUAGGCAGGCCCACUGAUGAUGCUCAAUUACAGCUAUGCUAAUGAACAUCCUGGAUUUCUUUCCAUUUUCAAUGGGCAGCUUUCACUUAUUUCUGUGGGAGGGGAAAACAGCAUCAAAGGAACCCAAAAGUUCAGCCUCCAGACCAUUGGAUUGUCACUCUUGGCUUUUCCUGUGGAUAGUGCAAAAUACCCAUGUUGCCUUUCAUGCGGUGGGGGGUGAGAGAGGUCAGCUGCAAUGCCUUUUAGCAGAGGGCGCUUGCUGGGAGAAGUGAUCAGGAUUGGGGGAAAGGGAUGGAACAGGAUUCUGUUCAAGGUCUGGUCACACCUGGCCCCAUUCCAGCCACCACACAUUUGGACUGUUGGCUUGUCAAGAUUCUCUGUUUUUAAUUUAAAAGAAAAAGCAAGUCUCCAGCUAUUUUAGAAUUGUAAAUAAAGAGGCAAAAUAUUUGCAUUUGACCCAAAUAUUUUAUAGGAAACAAGAACUUGCUCUUGUCUUUCAUUGCUCCUAACUAAUGAAGGAAGUGAAAUAAAACCUUUAGUGACAUGCCCACUGUCUGGAGAAAGGACUUUUGGUUCAUUUUAAAGCUCUUAGUUGCUCUUCCUGUGGUAGAAGCAUCCAUAGAGAACAAUGGAAAGAGCUAGAAUUUUAGUGUCGCUCUGAUUGGGAGAAAGAGUGACAAGAGAGAGCAGCCAAGGCAGGAGCUCCGGAUCCCUCCCUCAAGUUUAACUUCAGACAAAAAAUGUGACUUCUCAUUUGUAAAAGUACCCUGACAAUGAAAAUGUGAAUGCAGGCCGUGAUUAUUAUCUCCAUAUUGGGUGUUUUGGCAGGCGAUGCUGGGAGGCUUUAGCUGAGAGACUUUAAUGAGUUCUGCUCAUUGCUGGAAUGGGAAGCUGAGAGAAUACUGUUGUGUUUUCAUUCUCCUGGCCAGGCAUAGGCAAACUCCGGCCCUCCAGAUGUUUGGGACUACAAUUCCCAUCACCCCUAGCUAACAGGACCUGUGGUCAGGGAUGAUGGGAAUUGUAGUCCCAAACAUCUGGAGGGCCGGAGUUUGCCUAUGCCUAUGCCUAUGCCUGCUCCUGGCUUUGGAUUUUAUUUAUUUUUUAAAAGAGGGGCAUGUAUUUGGGUGAGGUGCUGUGAAGUUAACUGCAACAGCAGCACGUGGGAGAAUGGGAUGCCUCUUGCAAGUGGCUUUCAGCAGUUUUAAAAACCAACAGCCCAAAGGGAAAAUGUUAAGCAUGCUCCAACAAAUUCAUGUCCCCAGGAGUGCAUUUUCCUUUUUCUUGAAAAGAAGAAGUAGAUUGGGUCUCAGGGCUGUUAUGCAGCAAUAUUUUAACACACUCUUUUAAGUUGUUACUAAGUUGCUAUUGCAGCUGCCACCCUCACCCAAUAAAGCAAGCAGCGGUGGAAAUGAAGAGGCUAAGGAGAAUUAAUGCUAUUUUAAAAUGACAGAGUGGGAGACUAGUGACACAACAUCAGAGACUGGUAACUUCAUUUACCUCCUGCUCAUUUUGAGCAAAUGCUGGCCUGGUUUUUUAAAAAAAGAGCACAUGAACAACAGAACAUAUUUUUUCUUGAUAGAGAUUCCCCCCAAUUAUGACAGCCAGAAUUUAAACAGUCAGCUAAUCACAGUGACAAUUCUGUGGAUUCCUACUUAAUGAACUUGUGGAAAACUAUCCCCUCUCCUUUUAACAUGUAUUUGCAUCUUUAAUUAAGACAGAAGCUGGUUUGUGGGGAAAAGGCAUCCAAAAUGCAGUGCUUCAUAAGAAACUGCAGGACAGAUGCAGAUUAUGGUUAGCUCUGUGUGUAUGUUGCUUCUCAAACCAGCAGUGAAAGCACCUUGGAUGCAGACUGUGUAUGGAGCCUUAAUAUUGCUUUCAGUAUAAUGAUGUUUAAUCUUUGCAGAGCAUGAGGACUUCUUAACAGUGACAGAGUCCCUGAAGAGAGAAUUUGAUAGCCCUGAAACCUCGGAUCUAAAAUUUAGAGUAGAUGGAAAAUUCAUUUAUGUACAUAAAGCUGUCUUGAAAAUCAGGUAAUACUUGUGUCUAAUGCCCUGUGGCCGAGUGCUAAUGCUAUGUCCAAAGUAUCUAAUAAACUUGAUUGUUCAUCUUUGUUUCUUUAAUCAACCAGAUCUUUCCCACUCCUUUUAUUUUAAUUUGUUUUAUUCUCAUGCCAGGUUCAUCCAAACUUCACCAGUCUCCCACUUCCUAUUGCAGAUCUUGGUGCAGUAUAUGCUUUCAACAACAUUAAAUAACAUUUCAUAGAAAUUAGAUAAAAAUAAAAUGCAAUUGAGUAGGGUACAAAACAAAAAUCCACUUUUGCAAAUGUACGUGCUUUUUUUGGGCACAAUGGCACCAUUGGCUGCAACCCACUGUCAUGAUGAGUAUGUUCCAAUUCUAACUUAAACUAUUGGGGGCAGGGGAGGAGUACAGAAUAUUGUGAUGAAUUCUUAGGUGGUACUUUCCCAUGUUCCUAAUGUAUUCUGCAGAAUCUGGAAUGUAGUUUUUUUCCUCCCCCCCCAACAGAUGUGAGCAUUUCCGUACUAUGUUCCAGUCCUAUUGGAAUGAAGACAUGAAGGAGGUGAUAGAAAUUGACCAGUUUUCCUACCCGGUAUACCGUGCUUUUCUGGAGUAUCUCUACACAGACAGCGUUGAUCUGCCACCUGAAGACGCGAUAGGUAGCACUUGGGGGCGGGGGCUAAAUUGUGCAGAGAAAUUGUGGAGAACUGACUUUGUUUCAAGAAAGGGAAGGGAAGAAGAAAUAGACAUGGAGGCACAUCCCCAGUGGCAGUUAAACGAGACAAUUCAGCCAGUGCACCUUUGCCUGCCCUGCUUGCAUUUUCGCCAGGGAUGGGGUUUGGAAAUAAGGUGUCUGCAACAGCUCUUGAGGCCUCUGUUGUCUUAUGGACCCUGUCAGCCGACAGUGCUGGUCUGGGGUGCACUGAGCUGAUGGAAGUAGAGCAGCUUGCUUCAAAAAAAUGGAUCUGGGCUCUGAGCACUAUUGUUUCAAAUUGGUGCUAAAAAUGAAAAUUCAUUUGGAGAGUUUUUACAUCAAAAAGAGCAGCUUGCAGUUAUAGUAUCAUUACCGUAUUUUUCGCUCUAUAGGACGCACUUUUUCCCCUCCAAAAAUGAAGGGGAAAUGUGUGUGCGUCCUAUGCAGCGAAGGCAGGCUUUCGCUGAAGCCUGGAGAGCGAGAGGGGCCGGUGCUCCGGAGGCUUCGGGUUCCUUUUGCUGAAGCAAGACUCUCCUGGCUUCAGCAGAGAGGAAGAGCGAGAGAGGGGGAGGAGGAGGAGCGCGGUCCAGGUUCCCUGUGCAGCCGUCUCAGCCCCGUGCCUUGCCCCGGGGGGCAGCGUCCCGGUGCCUCUUUCCUCCGCGGCAGCUCUGGCAGUGGCGGCAGCGCGGGCUACGGGGAGAAAGGAAGAGCGAGAGAGGGGGAGGAGGAGGAGCGCGGUCCAGGUUCCCCGCGCAGCCAUCUCGCCCCCUGCCUUGCCCCGGGCAGCAGCGUCCCGGUGCCUCUUUCCUCCGCAGUGGCUGUGGCAGCGGCGGUAGCGGGCUCUGGGGGGGAAAGGAAGAGCGAGAGAGGGGGAGGAGGAGGAGUGCCGUCCAGGUUCCCUGCACAGCUGUCUCGGCCCCGUGCCUUGCCCCAGGCAGCAGCAUCCCAGUGCCUCUCUCCUCUGCGGCGGCCGUAGCAGCGGCAGCAGGGUGGAGCGAGAUACACAGGCAGGACAGGCGGCGGCGGCCCAGGGAGUGCAGUGCGUCAGCCACCUCCCCUUUCUGGCUAUUCAUCGCUUCCUCCACGCUCCAGUUGAAAAGGUUGCUUUUUAAAAAAACAAACAAACCACCUGCCGCCGGGAGCCCAGUAGGAAGUUGUUCAAGCUGACAUUCUCUCUCUUUUUUUUUAAAUGAUAUUUAUUAAAGUUUCAAAGAAAAAAUUACAUAGGUAAAAAAGAAAAUAAAAAGAAAAAACAUAAAAAAGAAAAAAAAUACAAAAUACAGAAAAAAGAUAAAAAACACUUAAAAGAAAAACACAUUGAUUUUUCCAUAACUUACAUUUCAUUUCCUUACUUCCCUGACUUCCUCACACCUCCCUUUUUUGUAUUCCAGUUCUAUUAGUUAAUUCAGCAAUUCCUUUCCCUCUUUGUUUUUAUCUUAAUCCUUUAACUUAACAUAUUAUAACUUUAAAUUCUCAUCUGUUAACAAUCCAUUUGUACAUACACCUUAUAACAUUGUUGCUAAGACCACUUAAUUUCAUUCUGACAUCAUUCUAACAUUCAUUAAUUUUGCAGUAUUUCUGUAAAUAGUCUUUAAAUUUCUUCCAAUCUUCUUCCACCAACUCUUCUCCCUGGUCUCGGAUUCUGCCAGUCAUUUCAAGCUGACAUUCUCCGCCCGCCCCCGUCCGGGCUGGGUGAGGCGGGCAAGCGGCGCAUCUCCCCCCCCCCCUUUCUGGAGCGCACGGCCAAUUUGGGAGGGAAGGGGCGCUCUUCCGGGGUGGGGGAUCCGCUCCUGGUUGCACCGCCGUUGCAUUGGGGGAGGAUGCGAACCUGAACGAGGAAGCAGAUCCUGUGCGGGGCUGCACCGAGGAAAGGCGCGCUGCGUCGAAGGUUCCUAUUGAACUCAAUGGCGCUCGCACUUAGUUCGCGGGGCCAGAGGGCAAGCCUCUCUGGUCUACUCAGAAGCAAGUCUCAGCGAUGCUGAGGGAAUCUCACUCCCAAGAUAAGUGUGCCGGCUGUUGCAGCCUCAGGCGCAGCAAUCCAACUGUAGCUGCACUUGAUGGCACACUUAGCUUACGUGGGAACGAAACCAAAAUCAGGGACGGCGAAGCUGUGACAUUCCAGGUGUUGCUGGGCUACAAAUCCCAUCACCGCUGGCUGAUGGGAGCUGGAGCCCAACAAUAUAUGGAGGGCUACAUCCUCCCCACAACCUAUAUGUGGAAAAGAACUACGAAAAAGGGGGAGAGAGAGAUACUAGGCUAUCAGAGAUCGCAAAGCUCUUGCAAACUAUUUUUAGCUGAGCUGAGAACUGGUGGUAUCAGGAAAUCCUUAAACGUGCUCAUAAACCAUGCAAGCAGCUUUAAAUUUCACUUCUGCUUUUUCUUGAAAUAAAGAGAAGCAGGACAAACUAAAAGGGAACUCUGCACUGGUGGGAAAUUUAAAUGUCUUGCUUUAGCCCUUUUGCAAAGAGGAAUUUAAAAUGCAGCAUAGGUUUUUCUGGUGUUUUCUUUUUUUACCACCCUGGCAUCUUUCAUGUUUAAUAAAAGUGUUGUUGGUGAAAUAUGGAAGGGAAAAAAAGCAGAGAUGGAGAGCUGUGCAGUGCCUCUUCAGCCAAGUGGGAGGAGAAAUGGAAGGGGCUCCGUUUCUCCUGCCGCUUCGCUGAAGGGGCGCUGAGCAGAGAGGGGGAGAAUUUUUUCUCCCUUGUUCUCCCCCUCUAAAACAAGGUGCGUCCUGUGGUCGGGAGCGUCCUAUAGUGCGAAAAAUACGGUAAUUUGCUGUAUUUAUUUGCCAAUACACGGGUGGUUCCUUCUAGGCCAAUGGAAGCUAGUUUUAAGGGGUGGGGGCCUUUAAAAAACUGGAUUCUGUCUUGAGGAAACAGAGCAGAGGGGAGGAAAUCUAGGUGCUAGAAAUGAGCAGUGUUUUCCCCCGGCCGUACUCAAUGGUACACAGUGUGAGAGAAAUCGGGGGGGGGGGGGGAUCAUGCGGCACCUUCCCCCCCCCCCGGAAAAAGCACUGGAAAUGAGAUUUUUUUCCCCUUGGCAUGUUUCAAGAGAAGAAAUCCUUUCUUGAGCUCAUGUUUCCAGCAGCAAUUCUCAAAUUCAAAGGACAGUUGACACAAAUGCAGUGGACUCAACAGGAGACGCUGUAAUGUUGCUUGUAUUCAAUAAUUGCUGUGGGAAAUGUCCCUCUGAGGAAGGAUCUCCCCCAUCCUUGAGCAUGGAAUAACUCUUGUAUUUCAUCUUUACUGCCUGCUGAUUCCUGCCCCUUUUUCCUGGCGUUCCAAUGCUGCUACCCCAGUUUUGUGGUUGGUUUCCUAUCCAGUGGGGUGAGGAUGAUGUAUUUACCUCUUACCAUUAUGUUAUGAUUCAGCUUCAUAUGCCCUAUGCUUGAGUGUACAGAGAAAUGCUGCACUGGAGCUGUUAAGAACAGAAAAAAUAACAUUUUAAUGUGGCAUUUUGAUUUUAGGGCUUCUGGAUUUGGCUACAUCAUAUUGCGAAAACAGACUGAAAAAACUCUGUCAGCAUCUUAUCAAAAGAGGGAUCACUGUGGAGAACGCUUUCUCCUUGCUCUCUGCAGCUGUUCGCUACGAUGCAGAGGUAAACUAUUAGAGCCACCAGUGCGCAAAGUAACUCUUAUUUUUUCCUUAUGGACAAAAUAAAACCAAAGCACUCUGUAUUUCUACAAUCAGAGAAAUGUGAUACUUAAGAUGUACUUGGUGCAGAACUAAAUUUUGGUGGAGAAAUUAACAUUUCUGUAUGCAGAGAUUUAAUCUAGUUUAUUGGCUGAGGCACAGUGUAGCAAGCAUUCCUCCCAGCUCCUGCGAACCAUUUUCUGGAUAUCUCACACAGAGCAACCAUUGGGUGCUGUCACACUUCACUCUUGGGUGCUGCGGCAACUGUUUGUCAGCUGCUGAAUUUCAUGCAGCCAGUCAGUCGGGUGUUUUAAUUAGUAUUGCCCUAUAUGCCCAUAGCUAGUUCAGGUGCCGAGUCUUGGUGAUGCCUGUGCCGUGGAAGUGGGGCCUCAGAGGAACGAGUGUGGGCCUGCUCAGUCUGUGUUGCAGGUGCCAACUGUUGAUGGGCACUUUCAGGGUCCCUCUUUUCCAUUUUUAGGAUUCUCUGCCUUUAAACUAGGCAGCUCUUCCCAUUGAGGACGGCAGCUGCACCAAGCCAGUCUGAGGGAAAAGUAGAUUCCCCAGCAGUGCCAUGUAGACCACCCUCAGGGAGAUUCUCCUUCACAUCCUCUGCUUGGAGACCUUUUUGGCCUUUUUGGUGUGGGCAUGUGUUUGCUGGGCUAUGAUCUGGUGCAAACUAAACGGAGAGGGGGCAGGAACACAAGGCUUGCUGGAAGCAAGAGAGAUAAGAAUGGAAGAAAGGGGCCUAUUUCAGUUGUUCAGAGCUGUUGGGUGGGAGUGAGGAAAAAGCAGCUUCAGAUGAGGGUUCUCUGGCUGUCCAUAUUAGAUGGUUAAGGGAUGUGGAGCAUUUCCUAAAAGAGAAAUGCAGGGACUCUGCCUUCUGGAGAGCAGUGCCACUUGUCCUGUUGGCCUUUCUCCUUCAUUCCACUUGCUGGGUGCAAAAGCUCAGAGGCUCUUAGUAUAUUUCCGGUAGGUUGGCUAGAAGCCCAGCCACAAGUUGCAUAACUCCUGUUAUAUUUCUGUCAGUCAGAUCAAAUUAUUUUAAAUUUUACUGCUUCCCUUCACCCAAAGAUUUCAGGGCAGUCUACAGUAUAAAAAUGCAAGAAACACAAUAUACACAAUAAAAACAGGAACAAAAGGAACAAACCAAUAACCCCCUCCCCCAACACAUUUAAAACAAAACAAAACAAUCCCCCCCCAACACACAUUAAAAGGUGUCUAGAAUGUUAAUCAGCCCAAGACCUGGUUGAAAAGGAACAUUUUCAUCUGGCCCCAAAAGGUGCAUAAUGAAGGCACCAACUAAAUCUCCCUGAGGGAAGUAGUCCACAAGCAGGGAGCACUGCCCAAAAGGCCUGUUCUUGUGUUGCCAUGUUCCAGACCUCUCGUGGAGGAGACACAUGAAGAAGGGCCUCCGAGGAUGAUCUCAGGGUCUAGGCCAAUUCAUAGGGGAAGAGGCAGGCCUUGAGGUAUUGUGGUCCUGAGCUGUUUAAGGCUUUAUAGGGCCCAGAAACUAAUUGGUGGCCAGUGCAGUCGGACCAGGAUCAGUGUCAUAUGCUCAAACUGUUUUGUCCUGGUGAGCAACCUGGCUGCCAAAUUUUGUAUUUUAAAUUAAUUUUAAUUACAAUAAUUCAAUAGUAGCCAUAUUAAUACAGAAAAGGUCUGGCGUCCCGCCAUUGCCCUGGGCAGGUCUCCAACUUAUCUUAUCCUCCAGCAUUCCACUGCUAACAAUCUGGCAUCCCGCCAGAGCCAUGGUAGAUCUUCAAAGGCCACAGCCCUAAUUGCGAUUCAGUGGAAGAUCAAUGCUUUAAAUCAUAUCAAUACUCUCACGCAGUUCUAUUUUUGUAGUAAUCCAUAAAUAUUAUCUUAUUCUCGUUAAUUCGUUUUGCUUUUUAUCAAUCCACUAGCACUCAAGGGGAGGUUUGCCAAAUCAAUAACGCAGCAAACAUGAUAUAUAAAGAAAGUGUAAAGGCUUGCUUCCCCCAACAUACCAGUGUUCGCUACGUAGAAAAUCAUCUCUCCAGAUCAAAAUGUUGCCGCUCAGUGGCUGAUUCAUUUAGCAGAUUAUCUUGUCCAAUUAGUCCAGUACAUGCCUGUAAAUUAGAUCCAGUUUCUUUCAAAUAAACAGAAGAACCCCUCCCCAUAAUGGCUGUAUCAGGGGGUUACCAAUAAGCAAAUUGCUUUGCACUCAGCGCCUCCUGCCUCCCGUCAUCCAUGGUGGACGAGAGCCAGGUAUCAAACAAUCUGCAAGUGGAGCUCACCUGCCCCCUUGGGUGGUGUUUUUUUUUUUGCAAGGACGAUUGCCCUCAUUUGUCCUUGUUUAUGAUCCGCUACCGAUCUCAGCUAAUGUGGGAUCUCAGCUAAUGUGCAGGCCUCCAUUUGACCUGCUUGCCAAAUUUUGCACCAGCUGAAGUUUCCAAACCAUCUUCAGAGGCAGCCCUACAUAUAAAGCGUUGCAGUAAUCGAACCUAGAGGUUACCAGAGCAUUGACGACAUAAGUGGGUCUCCCCUUUUCCAGAUAGGGGCACUCCUGGGCCACCAGAUGAAGCUGAUGGAAGGCACUCUGUGCCACGGAGGCCACCUGAGCCUCAAGGAUUCAGGAGGACCCCCAAGCUAUGAACCUGCUCCUUCAGACAAAGUGUAACCCCCAUCAAGAGCAGACCACUUCCCAUCCGUCUGUUCUAUGGACCCCCCCCCCCAACAGUGUCUCAAGUCUUAUAUGGCUGGAGCUAAGUUUGUUGGCUCUCAUCUAGCACUUCCACUGCUUCACCUGAAGAUGUAAAAGAGAAGCAUAUUGCUGACAAUGGUCUCCAAACCUCUGGAUGACCCCACUCAGCUGUUUCAUGUAGAUGUUAAACAUCAUAGGGGAUAAGCUCCUCAUUAACCCUACAUUGAAGGCUCCAUGGGGUCAAAGAUCCCUCCCCAAGCCUUGUGCUCACAGGGCUGUGGGGAGCCAGGAUCUUAAUGGCACAUGAGGAGUUGUGUUGAAGUUCAUAAAUUUGGGAAACAAGUAAUUACAGAAAUCAUUACAGUUAAAGGGGGAAAUGUGAUCCUAGACACUAAACUAUGUAUUUGGUCUGUUUUUGAGAAAGGUAAUAUGGAUCUUCUGUGUGAACAGUUAAUUGUGUAUCUUCCAGUAGGCACUUGAUUUGUCCUUGCUCUGGGCUGAAAAAGCACGCCAUGAUGCACCAAUGCACCCUAGAUAACUGGUGCAAGAAAGUUAUUCUUAUUGCUGUCAAAGAGAAAUUGACAUGUAAUGUUCAAGUCAGCAGAGGUCAUUCUGAUUCUUCUUAUUUCAUUUAUUUCUUAUUUGAGGGCUAUUUAUCAAAUAUAUGGCACUGAGUUCACAAGGAUAGCAAAUCCCUUUGAAAUACUUUAUUUGGUGGUGCCUAUAAGCAAGACCUUUUUAUUUUUUCUAUUUCUUUCAUAGUACAAAAGUAAGGUAAAAGGGUAAAGGACCCCUGACAGUUAAGUCCAGUUGUGAACGACUCUGGGGUUGCGGCGCUCAUCUCAAUUUACUGGCCGAGGGAGCUGGCGUACAGCUUCCAGAUCAUGUGGCCAGCAUGACUAAGUUGCUUCUGGUGAACCAGAGCAGCACAUGGAAAUGCUAUUUACCUUCCUGUCGGAGCGGUACCUAUUUAUCUACUUGCACUUUGACGUGCUUUUGAACUGCUAGGUUGGCAGGAGCAGGGACCAAGCAAUGGGAGCUCACCCCGUCACGGGGAUUCGAACCACCGACUUUCUGAUUGGCAAGCCCUAGGCUCUGUGGUUUAACCCACAGCGCCCCCUGUGUCCCUAGUACAAAAGUACCCAUUUGUAAUUCUAUAAUUGCAUCCCUUUUACUCCUGAUUUUUUAUUUUUCUUUUGAUUUUAUUAUUAAAAGAAAAAUUGUUAGGGAUUGUUAUGUAGACAAACUGGCACUGUCCAUAUACAGGAGUGAGGCACUCACAGGCUCCUUUGCAGAAGUUGUUUCCUUUAGGAAACAACUAGUUGUUGGUGGGGAGGGGAAGGUGGACUUCAAAAACAGCUGAAAACACUGACCGGGCUCAGUAACCCCAGACAGAGGUAUUUAAACCGAUUUGAAGAGCAGAAGUUACGACCAAUUAUUUCAGUGGGCCUAAUCUGAGUAAAACCUAUUUGAAAAUCAUGGGCUGUUGGAAAAAGGGGGGGCAUGGAGAGAGAAUGGAAUGGCGUCUCUCAUAAGAGGGCUAUGCCGGCCACCUUGAGUAGAAACCACAAUUCAACAUUUUGUUGCAAUCACUUGCAUUUUCUGUAUAACAGGGGAUGUUAAUGCAACCUACCAUUCUUUGAGAUGUUUCUAUAUACCUGGGCCAGUUUAUGAGAGUUUAACUAACUAUGAGAGAUUUUCUAUGUAGUAAAUCUUUCUGUGUGUUUAAAUGGAACUACAAGUUUUAAAAUUCUGUCAGUUUUGUAGACAAAUCAGUCUUGCUUGAGGGAGCCAACGUGGUGUAGUGGUUAAGAGUGGUAGACUCCUAAUCUGGGGAACCGGGUUCGCUUCUCCGCUCCUCCACAUGCAGCUGCUGGGUGACCUUGGGCUAGUCACACUUCUCUGAAGUCUCUCAGCCCCACUCACCUCACAGAGUGUUUGUUGUGGGGGAGGAAGGAAAGGAGAUUGUGAGCCGCUUUGAGACUCCUUCGGAUAGUGAUAAAGCGGGAUAUCCCUGAUAUUUGAUAUCAGGGAUAUAAAAUCCAAAUUCCUCCUCCUCCUCCUCUUCUUCUUCUUCUUCUUCUUCUUCUUCUUCUUCUUCUUCUUCUUCUUUAUGAAACAUACUGCUAAUCUGAAGACUUGGAUGUCCAAUGUGUGCUGGGGGCUGUGAAUGAAUCCUAACCCCCAGAUUCUUAGCUUUGGUUUUUAAGAGAGUACAUUUCUAACAUUUGUAGAACCUGAUUUGAAGCAGUAUCCUUGUUGUUUUAUGAAAAACACCUUUCAGUGUUUUUAGCAAACACAACAUUCAUAACAAUGAGUAAUCUUUGGGGAAGCAAAUCUAGGCCAGAGUGAAACACCUGUUAUCUAGACUCUUGGUUUGAUUUUAAGCCUUUUCUGCUGUGUUGUCCAUAAAGCUAGAUAUGUGGGGGGAGGGGUUGUGCUGUGGUCUAAACUACUGAGGCUCUUGGAUUUCCUGAUAAGAAAGUCGGCGGUUCAAAUCCCCGCAAGAGGGUGAUCUCCCAUUGCUCUGUCCCUGCUCCUGCCAACCUAGGAGUUCGAAAGCACACCAGCGCAAGUAGAUAAAUAGGUACAGCUGCGGUGGGAAGGUAAAUGGUGUUUCCAUGUGUUCUGGUUUCCGUCACUGUGUCCCGUUGCACCAGAAGAGGUUUAGUCAUGCUGGCCACAUAACCCGGAAAGCUGUCUGCGGACAAAUGCCGGCUCCCUUACCUGAAAGCGAGCUGAGCGCUGCACCCCAUAGUCGCCUUUGACUGGACGGUUAAGUCCAGGGGUCCUUUACCUUUUUUUACCAUAAAGCAAGGUGAUUAACUGAUAAAACUGAUCAAACAUAGUUGGAAUGGAGUUUUAUACUUUUUGAGGUUUAGCAACAAUCAGAAAAUGUAGGAAGCAAUUUCACCUUAACUGUUGUUUCUUUUGAACCAAAGGAACCUAAACUUAAAUCUAAAUUUUCAAGUUCAGUUCUUGAUUAAUGGGAAUGUUAGAAAUUUAAACAUUUAAUUGACGUGAAGCUGAAUGAAGUUUGACCUGGUUCCAAGUUGUAUCCUCAAGUGCCACGAUGCCCAUGGCAGGGCUCCCCUCCCAGGAUGUCUGCAGUCUCUGGCCGCAAAGAGAUUGCUGUAGGGCUUCCCCUGAAGGGGCGCCUCACUCUAUCAGUGUGGGAAGGGAGUCAUUGACUCCUCUUCUUCCAUGGGCAAGCCUCACGGAAACCACAGCAGUUGCAAAUUAACAAAAGUGCACAGCGGUGCUUCACUGUUGCCUAAGUAUGAUUGUCACCCCCAACUGUAAGCUGAAUGGGCAGGAUUCAUUGAACUAGCUCUGCCAGGAAAGUCCUGUGCAAGGGCUUCUGCUUGCACAAGGAAGCCUCCUGGGAAUUGUGUGAUGGUGGGGCUUUGGGGGAACCCUCAUAAUGGGGCAAGUGGCAAAGCCUGCACAGGCAGAAGGAUUGGAAGAGUGCAAUGACUUCUGGUGCAGAAUUAUAUUUAAACAAUUCUAAAUUGCAAGUGACCCAAGUUCAAAAUUCAUUCUUCCUUUAUUAAUUUGUAGGCUCAAGUAUCAGACUGGGGAAUGCAAUCAGUAUUUCAUAGUUCUAUUCACAACAUAUGAUGAGCUUGCUGUUCAGUUUGAACUAUUAGCAAGUCUCUCUUCCUAAAACUUUCAGAUGCAUCAAAAUACUCUUCUGAUGCUUCAGCUGCAACUGGAUAGGUUUUUAAAAUCUUAAUUGAAGUGCCCCCCAUCCCCAACACAGUUAGCUCUGCCUUAAACAAUACAGCUUCUCUUGGAGGUAAGGGGCAUGGAGUGUGUGUUUCUUCAUUUAGCCUGAUACUUCAGAGGUAGAGACAAUUGGGUAUGGCACUGAGCAAUAACACAGCUAAAUAUUUUCUUUGUGCCUUUUGUUUAUGAAUGUGGUUUUUGUGGUGAAAGAUUUGUUCAGAAGUUUAUAUUUCCGGUGCAGACAUGAGGGUGCCUGAAGCAGGUCAGACAAGGAUGCCACAUGAGCUUGAAUUUUAAUGUUCAAAGAAGAGUUGGUUAGAAAUUCCUGCUAAAAAGUCUGUAGCUUGAACUUCAAUAUCAUUUUAUAUUUUGUUGGAUGAUGAAUAACUUGGCUUCUGAGUUUGACUGGAGAAAAAGAAUUGGGUUGAAUUGUGAUAUGUAGGAUGGGGAGAUCCAAGAACUAUGGGAUGUUGCUGGUUUCUCUUCCUGACUAGUAGAGAUUGCUACCUUGGUUAUGGAAUCUGACUAUGGAAUCUGCUACUGCUGCUGUGAGUGUGGGGGAGGACCGCUCCCUUCUACAGGCCAAUUUCCAUUGGGCCUAAUAAUAAUUUUUUAUUAUUACUAUAUUUUUUGUGUUUUUCUCUACCAUUGUUAGCACAAUAAACUACAGUAUUUAAAUAAAUAUUUUGGGAUUAUUUGCUUAAUUUAUUAUUUAUACCCCACCCAUCUGGCUGCCACUCUAGGCGGCUCCCAGUAGAGUAUUAAAAACAUGAUAAAACAUCAAAAACUUCCCUAAACAGAGCUGCCUUCCGAUGUUUUCUAAAAGUCAGGUAGUUGUUUAUUUCCUUGACAGCUGAUGGGAGGGCGUUCCACAGGGCGGGUGCCACCACCGAGAAGGCCCUCUGACUGGUUCUGCAUCUUAGGCCAGGGAUGGGGAACUUGAUGAUGUCCAUAGAAUCAUAGAAUUGGAAGAGACCACAAGGGCCAUCGAGUCCAACCCCCUGCCAAGCAGGAAACACCAUCAGAGCACUCCUGACAUAUGGUUGUCAAGCCUCUGCUUAAAGACCUCCAAAGGAGGAGACUCCACCACACUCCUUGGCAGCAAAUUCCACUGUCGAACAGCUCUUACUGUCAGGAAGUUCUUCCUAAUGUUUAGGUGGAAUCUUCUUUCUUGUAGUUUGGAUCCAUUGCUCCGUGUCCGCUUCUCUGGAGCAACAGAAAACAACCUUUCUCCCUCCUCUAUGUGACAUCCUUUUAUAUAUUGGAACAUGGCUAUCAUAUCACCCCUUAACCUCCUCUUCUCCAGGCUAAACAUGCCCAGCUCCCUUAGCCGUUCCUCAUAAGGCAUCGUUUCCAGGCCUUUGACCAUUUUGGUUGCCCUCCUCUGGACACGUUCCAGCUUGUCAGUGUCCUCCUUGAACUGUGGUGCCCAGAACUGGACACAGUACUCCAGGUGAGGUCUGACCAGAGCAGAAUACAGUGGCACUAUUACUUCCCUUGAUCUAGAUGCUAUACUCCUAUUGAUGCAGCCCAGAAUUGCAUUGGCUUUUUUAGCUGCCGCGUCACACUGUUGGCUCAUGUCAAGUCUGUGGUCAACCAAGACUCCUAGAUCCUUUUCACAUGUACUGCUCUCAAGCCAGGUGUCACCCAUCUUGUUAUUGUGCGUCUCAUUUUUUUUGCCCAAGUGCAAUACUUUACAUUUCUCCCUGUUAAAAUUCAUCUUGUUUGUUUUGGCCCAGUUCUCUAAUCUGUCAAGGUCGUUUUGAAGUGUGAUCCUGUCCUCUGGGGUGUUAGCCACCCCUCCCAGUUUGGUGUCAUCUGCAAAUUUGAUCAGGAUGCCCUUGAGUCCAUCAUCCAAGUCGUUGAUAAAGAUGUUGAAUAAGACCGGGCCCAAGACAGAACCCUGUGGCACCCCACUAGUCACUCUUCUCCAGGAUGAAGAGGAACCAUUGAUGAGCACCCUUUGGGUUCGGUCAGUCAGCCAGUUACAAAUCCACUGAGUGGUAGCAUAGUCAAGACCGCAUUUUACCAGCUUCUUUACAAGAAAAUCAUGGGGCACCUUGUCAAAUGCCUUGCUGAAAUCAAGGUAGGCUACAUCCACUGCGUUCCCUUCAUCUACCAGGCUUGUAAUUCUGUCAAAAACAAGAUCAGGUUAGUCUGACAUGACUUAUUUUUCAGAAAUCCAUGCUGACUAUUGGUGAUCACAGCAUUCCUUUCUAGGUGCUCACAGACUGUCUGCUUAAUGAUCUGCUCCAGAAUCUUCCCUGGUAUUGAUGUCAGACUGACUGGGCGGUAAUUAUUUGGGUCCUCUCUUUCCCCCUUUUUGAAAAUAGGGACAACAUUUGCCCUCCUCCAGUCUGCCGGGACUUCGCCUGUUCUCCAGGAAUUUUCAAAGAUGGCUGCCAGUGGUUCUGAGAUCACAUCUGCCACUUCUUUUAAUACUCUUGGAUGCAGUUCAUCUGGCCCUGGAGACUUGAAUGCAUCUAAACUAGCCAAGUAUUCUUGUACUAUCUCCUUAGUUACUGGAUUUGCAGCUCCUAGCAUAGCCCCAGUCAAGGAUUAUGCGAUUAGUAGUCCAGCAACAAUUGGAACCACCCCCAUUUUAAGAUGAAAAAUAGCUACUACAUACAAACUCAGACUGAGGUAUUAAACUUGCCUGUUUCUACCAAAUGACGCAGGAGUUGCUAUUUACUUAGUGGAUAAACACAAUGACUUGGAUCCAGACUUAGAAUAAGACCUGUGUAACAGACUAAACUUUAAAAUCUGCCUUUGCAUACGAAUGCAGCUAACACCAACUCCCUGGCCCACUUAUGUGUAAAGGAAACUUUCAUUACACGUUAGCAAGUGAGAGAAGCAGGAGUGUCGUUUCUUGUAUCUUGUGGCUGGAACAAAGAAUUGUCAUAUGGCAUGGUUAAAACUAUUAAUCAAUUCUAAAUACAUAACUUUUUAAUGCUGUCUUUAUUUGAACAUGGAUGAGAGAAAAUUUAGAAACUUUGAAGCUAAUAAAAAGGCUUUUUGUUUUGUAUCUAGGAUUUAGAAGAAUUCUGCUUUAAGUUUUGUGUCAAUCACUUGACUGAAGUCACCCAGACUGCAGCUUUUUGGCAAAUGGAUGGUUCUCUGCUAAAGGAAUUCAUUGCUAAAGCCAGUAAAUAUGGAGCCUUUAAGAACUGA